AUGGCUAUUCCCUUGUCUCCCAGAGCUGACUUUCAGUCUCCUUGCAAGAAGCAACUGUCUGGAGCAAUUGCGGGUGAUCUCAAGCCUCUCCUUGUCCAGAGAGGAAUUACCAAAGAGCCAGUCUGCUCGCCAACUCUUCAUUCCACUGUGUUUGUGGGCCCCACUUUUCAUGGAGCCGUCUUCAACUCACCAUUUCCUCCUUGGAAGUCUCAUCAUUCUCCAGAUACAUUUAAUGGGAUAAAUCUGUUCAUCUUAAAUGCCUUAAAUGCCUGUCUCUAUGCAUCUAUUGCUCAGUCGAUUUCUCCGUGCCUAGCUGCUACUUUUUUCUCUUACCCUCCUUGGACAAUGAGCUAUAAAGGAGAGGCUUUUUCAGGAAACACCAAUGCUGACAGUGUGGUAUAUUAUAAGCUUGAACAUUCCAUCAAAGCAAGAUUUCUACGAUUUGUCCCUUUGGAUUGGAACCACAAUGGCAGGAUUGGAAUGCGGAUCGAAGUCUAUGGAUGUGCUUAUCGAUCUGAUGUAGCAGAUUUUGAUGGAAGGAGUUUCCUGCUCUACAGAUUUAAACCCAAAUCCACAACCGCUCUAAAAGAUGUAAUUUCUCUGAAGUUUAAAACCAGCCAAAGAGAUGGGAUUCUGCUACACCGAGAAGGACAGAAUGGAGAUCACAUUACAUUGGUUUUAGAUAAUGGGAAGCUUUCCUUAUUCAUCAAUAUAGGUGAUGCUAAAAUGUAUUCUACCGAUGCCCAAAUUAAUAUCACUCUGGGUAGCCUUUUGGAUGAUCAGCACUGGCAUUCAGUCCUCAUUGAACAUUUCAAUAACCAAGUGAACUUUACAGUUGAUAAACACACUCACCAUUUUCAUGCAAAGGGAGAAUUCAAUUAUUUGGACCUUGAUUAUGAGCUCAGCUUUGGAGGGAUUCCAAUACCUGGAAAAUCAGGGAUAUUACUAUGGAAAAACUUUCAUGGAUGUUUUGAAAAUAUUUAUUACAAUGGGGUGAACAUUAUUGAUUUGGCCAAGAGAUAUAAACCUCAGAUCAACAUAAUGGGCAAUAUAUCUUUCUCCUGUUCAGAGCCUCCAAUUAUUCCUGUCACCUUUUUGAACCCCAAUAGCUAUUUAGCAUUGCCUGGAACAGCAGGACUAGAGGACGUUUCAGUCACUUUUCAUUUCCGCACCUGGAACAAUGAGGGGCUUUUGCUAUCAAAUAAACUAUAUCAGACUUCAGGUGGCCUCCUUAUGUAUCUAAGUGAUGGGAAAGUUAAGCUGAGCUUCUACAAACCUGGAAAGGCCCAGAGUGAUAUCACUACAG